AUGGCUAUCCCGUGGAUAUUUCCCGUUCGGAUCGCCCAAGCUCUCUUCGGCAUCGUUGUGAUUGGACUAACUGGAUAUGUGGUCUCCACGUACUAUUAUUAUUCAAGUUCCGACACAGUCAACUUCCUCCUCUUUCUCGGCUGCUGGACUGCCUUCGUCGCAGUGCCGUACCUCACCUUUGCGCCGCUCCAUUUCCCCCGCCUGGCGCAUCAUUAUGUGAUUCCCGGUGUGGAGGUUGUUACCAUGAUCUUCUGGUUUGCUGGGUUCAUUGCGAUGGGAUCUCAGCUGCCUGCGCCGCGGUGGUGUCAUUCCAGUACUUGCAGUUCGCUGCAGGCAGCAACAAUAUUCGGUGCUUUUGAAUGGGUGCUCUUCGCAGUGACUUCAUACUUUGCGAUCGUGGAUGUUAUGAAUCACCGUCGAAGUGGAGAGAGUGCCAAGGCCACCCAUUCAAACGCGCAUCUUGGUGUUUGA